GAGAUCGUACGGUUCUUCCCGGGACACUGGAGAAUCAUGACGCACUACGGGAAGGCCAAGAACAACGAGAGAGAGAAUACCUACAUCGUGCACGUGGCGCAGUCCGGCGAUCCGAAUGCCAAAGCGGUCUUUGUACUGGGCCAGACGGAUCCGCGCUGUGCGCACAGUAUCAUGGAAGACCCCGCCUCGGAGGAGGCACAUAGCAUCCAAAAGGGGGCUCAGAUCUGGGAAGGCACCGUGUCAGAGAGGAUGAGCUUGGAGGUGGCGUAUUUGGGCAAGAGCGCACCUCCAUCGAAGAUGCAGAAGCUGAAGAAGAUGAAGAAGGUGCUGCCCAACGGCUCGGCGAGCACGGAAGAUGCGGAAGAAGUGGUUUGGGUGGACCAGCGAAAGCUGAAAGUGGGUUACUACAUGGUCUCGGUGGCCAAGAUGGAAGAGGGUAUCGAGUACUACUUGCGUGUCCACUGUACCCCGGAGGGUGAGUUGAGCUCCUGGCAUUUGCCGAAAGGCAUGAAGAGUGCAUUGGGCUUCUCGAAGUUUGAGGUGGAGGAGGAGGACUUCGAUGAAGGUGAAGAGGAGGAGGAUUACGAGGAUGAUUUCACAGAUGAGUCUGGUUGGGAAUCCUGUGACUAUGAUUGACGCUGACCUGGCGCACGUUUCAAGUUCCGCGCACUGUUUUUCGGUUCUACAUGUGGAGCCGCGCACGUCUCGGUUUCACUGGCUCCGCCAAAGACCGCGGAGUGUUGAAGCGAAAAGGGUUUGUAGAAGCACCGCUAGCCGCUACCGUAAUACGUUAUUGAUUGGAUUCUGAAAAGACGCUUUGGCCACCGGAAGAUGUCUGCUGGACACGCAGCAAAGCAUCACCGCGGAAGGAUCCACUUGCAAGUUAUUUGGUGCUUACGCAAGAAACAUGAACAAUCAAAAGCCACUUGAGAAUGCUCAUGAGAUCUGUAGUGAGUGAAAGAGCAACCUCAGGCAAGCUGCAUCAAGCUGCUAGAUUCUGAGCUCUUCGCGCC